GUGCAUGCAGCAGCGCAGUGCAAUGCUUCGUGCACAACACACAUACAGUACACAUACAAGGAGAUUGCAUUGCUUACGUCGAACAACAACAAAGCCUUCGUGAAACGUAUCGAAGAAUAAGGCAUAUCAGACGAGCAGUGUCGUCUUCCUUUUAUUAGCGGCAGUAGAAAGACACUUUGAUUAUUCAAGUUUCUGUUCAACUAAAAACCUGAAGAAAAAAUAGCAAAAAAGGAUAAAAAAGAGAAAAAAGUUUGGGGGAAAUGGCCACAACAACCAGCGUAGCGACGACCAGUGCUCUACGGGCCUUGCGUGCAGAACUGAUCAAACUCAGUAAAGAACCAGUGGAAGGUUUUAUUGUCAAGGCAAAUGAUGAGAAUCUCUUUGAUUGGGAAGUUGCAAUUUUUGGUCCACCGGGAACAUUAUAUGAAGGAGGUUAUUUUAAGGCAAUUAUGAAGUUUCCACAUGACUACCCGUAUUCGCCUCCAACAUUCAGAUUUCUCACGAAGAUGUGGCAUCCCAACAUAUAUGAGAAUAGUGGUGAUGUGUGUAUAUCCAUCCUACACCCCCCUGUGGCAGAUGAACAGAGUGGAGAGCUGCCGUCGGAAAGGUGGAAUCCAACACAGAAUGUCAGAACAAUCUUAUUGAGCGUAAUCUCACUACUCAACGAGCCCAAUACCUACUCCCCUGCCAAUGUGGAUGCCUCAGUAAUGUACAGACGGUGGAAAGACUCGAAAGGAAAAAACAAAGAGUACGAGGACCUUAUCAAGAAACAAGUGAAAAGAACGGAGUUGGAUGCACAAAAGGAUUCAGUUGUCGUGCCAACCACACUUGAAGAAUACUGCAUCAAGACGAAAGAAACACCACAAUCUCAAAGCUCUGUAGAUCUGGCCGACUUCUAUGAUGACGAUGACGACUAUGGCGUGGAGGAUGAUGAUAUUGACGAUGAUGACGACUGUUACUAUGACGAUGAGGACGAUUCUGGAAAUGGGGAGUCGUGACAAGAACUCUGCACCUGAACUCUUAUACAACUGUACAUGAUGUCAUUUUCUCAAGAAAAAAAUAUAUUAUCCUGCAUUUACAAAAAAAAAGAGAAAAAUUUUAACUCUCAAAAGAUGAUCAUCUUGCAAGUACUCUUCAAAGUGUUUAUCUUUUUACUGCCAUUUUACAAAGAAGCCAUUUGUGGAUAUAACCAUCUGUAGAUAGAAAAAAAGAGAAAAAUUAGUAUGCUUUUGAUCAACAUGUGAGAAUAUUGAACCUCCUUUUCGGUUGUGUAUUAAAUGUGUAAUUCCACGGAAUCCACAUGACUGCUCCCUAUUAAUCCUUCUUUAGAAAUAAAAGAAUCAAAUGCACAUUUAUUGUUGAUACACAAGUUGAUUUUUUUUGGGGGGAAGGGGGUACGAUUGCAAGUCAUGGUAUACAACCCACAAAAGCAUAGGAAUUUCAUUCUUUGCAUUGAGGUAGAAGGACUUGAAAUGUGUUCUGUUCAGCUCUAUAGCAUUUCAUUUUGAAAGCAUAUUUUCAGCACUUCAUUCAUCUUAUCUAAUCACAUGGUUAUGGUGUCUUAUUGUGUACGAGUUUGCCUGUACAUGUAUUUGUCCGUGGAGUUUUCGUCUCUGCCUCAUGGUACACUUGACUGACUCCCACAACACUAUUAUUGCAGCCUUUUAUAUCAUCAAUUAAAUGCAAGAAGUUAUACACGACCUCUGGAUUUAGAAGGACUUGUCCCCUGGAGACGAUUCCUCUACGAAUAUGUUCUUGGAACGCAGCAUGCCAUGUGGUGGACAUGUCCCUCUAUUGCGCUUCUCCCGGCUACAGAUAAAUGUUACCCCGGAGGCAACUGCUUCAAAGACGAAUUCUACGUUACCUUGAGAGUUGUCCUAGAAUGUUCCUAGACAGCACCCACAUUCAUCCCUUAGCCAUCUAUUACCGGUGUCUUCCAAGACACACCUUCCCUUGCUCUGAACUUCUCUUCUUUUCUUCAAAGGGUUGGUCAUAAGGACAGGAGGAAAGGGAAAAGCAAUGUCAUGGAGACGAGAUAUGAUUGAUUGUUAUUUAUUGAUGAGAGAUUGAGAUUGUACAAAGGUUGGCAAGUUGAUAUAGAAUAUGGUUUAGAUAUAUAUGUGAUCAUGGUUAUAAUUCAAAUGUAUCUCUAUGUGAGUGUGUGUAACCUUUAUAUAUCUUAUUUUAUUUCUCUUGUUUUUUUACAUUAAUUAUGUGUCAAUGUAUGGAACAACUUUUUUAAUGUUUUAUUUAUACUUUUUAAUGUCUAGACUGUAUUAAUGUUUUCACUCAAGUAAGAACCAGGAGGGGUGAACACUUAAGUGAACAAUGAGCAUACAAUUUUGUAAUAGCCUUGUUUGUCCUUAAAUUUUAGACAUUUAGGAUUAAUGACGGAUAUUUUUGAAAUGUUUACUCUUGAUUACUUGGAGCAAUGUUUGUGAUUCAGGAACAGCUGACAUUUGCAAAAAAAGUGAUGCCAAUUCUAAGCUAUUAAAAAAUCAGUUUCUGUUCCUUUGAAAAGGGAGAGCGAUGCUCAAUCCCCCCCC